AUGGAAGAAGAGUUAAGAUGUUUUAUAUGUAAAGAAUUCUACAGAGAACCAGUUCUUCUACCUUGCGGUCACGCUUUGUGUCGUAUCUGUGCUGUAGGCUUACAGAAUCAUAUCCACGAAUCCGACAAUGCCUCAGCUGCGACAACCGACUAUCAGGAGGCAGAUAAGGCAUCUGUUUCGAGUGAAACGGACAGUGGUGUAGUUUGCGGAUCAAGGCCUAACAGUUAUGCCGGAGCUCCCGUUUCUUCCGCAUAUACUUCAGUAACAUUUAGCAUUACAUGUCCAAUUUGUAAUAAGCAAGUAUACUUAGACGACAAUGGAGCGGAAGGACUUCCACCUUUCCGCGUUAUGCGAACUAUUGUGGAACGUUUUGGUGGUAUCAGUAUAUCUCCUCCUGCUGAGGAAGCGUGUCAAAUGUGCGAAGGUGAGAGGAGAGCGGCGAUAGUGCGGUGUGAACAGUGUUCAGUUCGUUACUGUGCGAGCUGUAGAGAUGCAUGGCAUCCUACUAGAGGACCUCUAGCGCAACAUGAGCUGCGAGCAUUGGGGACAACGUGUAUUGACCAUGGCUCUACACCCGUACUAUAUUGUAACACUUGCUUGCUUCCAAUUUGCCAGUCUUGCCACUCAGAAAGACACUCAACGCAUGAAACACAACAAUUAUCUAGUGCAGCUAGAUCUCAUAAGACUGAAUUAUCACAAACACUUCACCAGCUAUCUGAAGAAGCCAAAGCCAUGACUGAAUAUAUUCAACUAGUCAAAGGAUCGGGGGAAAAAAUUAAUGAAUCAUGCGAGGAACUGGAAGCACAAAUAGACCAGGCUUGUUCUGAAAUCACACGUGCUGUGGAAAGAAGGAGGGAUGAGCUGAUAAGAGCUGCUCGCCAUACAAGAUCUCAAGCUGUCACUAACAUGCGUUCUCUUACGUCGCAAGCAGCGCAGAAACUUCGUGAGGCUACAGCUCUGUUACAUUUCUCAAUAGAAGCUUUAAAAGAAUCAGAUCACGCUGCGUUUUUACAAGUGGGCAGGAUCCUGUCUGCGCGUGCGCAAGAGACGGCGUCGGGCCUGCGCUCGUCACUGGACGCGCCGCCCGCGCCCUCCGCGCUCACGCUCGACAUCGAGCCCGUGCUGCGGACCGUCAACACGAUGAACUUCAUCGAAUGUAUACCACCGGAAAAGGAAAUGAAAACUUCAGCGCCGGGCGCGCCCGAGAUGGCGGUGGAGGCGUGCGCGGCGCGCGGCUGCUCGUGCACGCUGGCGUGGCGCGCGCCCGCCGCGCCGCGCGCCGUGCGCGGCUACGUGCUCGAGCUGGACGACGGGCUGGGCGGGCCCUUCCGCGAGGUGUACUGUGGUAGAGAAACGGUGUGCACAAUAGACGGCUUGCACUACGCGUCCCUGUACAGCGCUCGGGUCAAAGCUUUUAAUGGUGCAGGGGAGGGACCUUACAGCGAAGUCAUAGGCUUACAGACAUCACCAGUGGCGUGGUUUACCUGGGAUGCUCGGUGCGCCAGUGCGGAGGGUGGACUGGCCAUUGGCUCUGAGGGCCUAGUCGCUCGUGCCAGUGGCUGGCAGCCACGUGUGGCAUUGGCAGAUCAGCCACUGGCACGCGGCCUGCACUACUGGCGUCUUCGUAUCGACAACUACGACGGCGAUGCCGACCCAGCCUUCGGCAUUGCGAGGGCUGACGUCGCCCGUGAUAAGAUGCUCGGAAGCGACGCGUUAGGGUGGGCAAUGUAUAUAGAUGGAUCGAGGUCCUGGUUUGUGCACGGCGGCGCACACGGAGGCCGCGCGGCGGGAGGCAUCGCAAGCGGCUCCACCGUGGGCGUGCUGCUCGACCUCACGCGCGGCACGCUGCGCUUCACUGUGGACGACCGCCCGCAGGGCGACAUCGCGUUCACAGGCCUGCGCGGCGCGUUCUACCCCGCCGUGUCGCUAAACCGCGGUGUGGCGGUUACUCUGCAGCCGGGCCUACCGCCGCCCCCCGAUCUGCUCAGCGACGGACUCGGCUCCGACUAAACUCGCUAGAAAAUCUUCCUCACUCUACAGUGAAUCAUGAAAUGAAUUUCUGUUCGCUGUUCUAAGAAAAGGAAUGCAUCAAUUGUCUCUUCAUUCACUCGUGGAGAGCAGUGUAACUAUGAAAAGUACAACCGCACGAGUCAUUCAGUGUAAAAUAAAACGAUAAAAUUGU